AUGGCGAGCCAGCAGAGUCUUGCGAGUACAUUACCAACAAACCUACCGGCGACCUUUAUGAAGGAAAUUACCAAUGAUUUCUCUGCUGAGCGAAAAAUUGGUCAUUCUGUUUUUGGAACAGUUUAUGAGGGAGCUCUGGCGGAUGGGCGCAUGAUUGCUGUGAAAAAGCUCGUUGAAAACACGCUAGCGGCACCUGGCAAAGCAUUUGAUACUGAGGUUACAAAUCUUAUGGCGAUUAAGCACGAAAAUAUAGUACAGCUGGUUGGAUACUGCCAUGAAGCGCAGAAGAAAGUGAUUCAGCAUAAUGGAAGAUAUGUACAUCAAAACUGGAGGACAGAUGAGCAAAUAAUAUACAAGUACCCAUCACUAGAUUCAAAUGGCCUCCAGCAAGUAAAAGCUUGCAUUGAAAUUGGGCUAAAGUGUGUGGAGGCUGAUCGGAGAAAGAGGCCUUCCAUAGUGGAUAUUGUUGAUAGGCUCAAUGGGAAACGUGUACCAAUUUUUUACCAGGAACAAGAAACGGCAAAGAAGGGAGGUAAGAAAAAGGAAAAUGGUUCAAAGGAACAACAAACUGUAAAGAAGGGAGGCAAGCUAGCAAUAGAAAUUAGAAAGGGGAAAAAAGGCCGUGGAACAGCAGCCAUGUCCGGAGCUCUGCAGAGGCGGAAGACGUGCAGAAGGUGGGCGACAUGGAAAUUUCGCAGGCCGGUGACGGCAACAGCGACGGCGACACGCUCGGCGAGGAUGGCUGCUCGUCAAGGACGGCAACCGAGCGGCGGUCUGCGAGGGCAGCGUGGCACAGCUCUUGGCGAGGACGGCGCGGCACAGCCGGACGCUGACGGCGCGGCGCAGCUCUCGGCGAGGACCGCGACGGGACGACCUGACUCCGACGGCGCAGCAGUCGACGACGCCUUCGAGUGA